AUGUUAUCAAUCGCUGAGCGACAAACUGUUCCAAACAAUGUGCAUCCAUUAUUUCUGGAGAUAUUUCGCUUGCUCGAUCAAUUGCAUUUUCAAGUGUACAAAAUGCAAGUGUUAAUCUCUCGAACAGACGAUAUGAUCGAUCGAAUUCCAAUUGAUGUUCGUCCGACGUUUUCAGACUGUGUUUCAGAAACGUAUAACGUGACAAGAAUGCAGUAUUCCAUCAAAUUGAAUGAAGCCGAAGUCACUCGCAUACCAGAAAUAAAAAGUUUAUUAAAACAAGCUAUAACGAUCGAACAACAAUGGAAUGCAAUGAAUAAGACAGAUCGAACUGUUGCAGAUAUUACUUUAAAUGUUGUCAAACCAAGUUUAUCAUUUCUGACAGGAAUUCUCGAGUGUUUGAAGAGAAAGUCACAGAUUAUAUUCACGUGA